AUGAAGGUAGGAGGCUCCAAGGAAGUCUUUGGAACACCAGUUGUGAAGAACAGUUUCUAUAAAGUGAAGCUGAAAGUUCCUGAAGACUUGCAGCAGAUGUGCGUAAAGGAAUCGGCUCAUAAAGACUUUUCAAAGGCAGUGGAAGCCUUUUCGGUGUCUUAUGACUCAGAGAAUGCCCAGCUGGUCAUCUUGUCUGACAAUGAAGUUACCAUUCAGGGGGUGAACAUGUUGGGUAACCUCUAUUUCCGAAGUCUUCGGACAAAAUUGUCUGUGAUAUCGAGAAUCAAAGAAGCCAGAAAGAAUCUGGAAAGCUUAUGUCUGUCAGUGUCUAGAUUCCAUGUGCAGUUUGAUGUACGAAAAGACUUGAUGCGCUCAGUAAUCGGCACUCAUGGCACAAAUAUACAACAAGCAAGGAGAAUCCCUGGGGUGACUGCUGUUAUUCUUGAUAAAGAUACAUGUACGUGUCAUGUGUAUGGUGAGAACCAAGAUGCUGUGAAGAAGGCAAGAAGUUACCUGGAGUUGGCUGAGGUGGUAAUGUGGGUUCCCCGAAACUUGGUGGGAAAAGUCAUUGGGAAGAAAGGAAGGCACAUUCAGAAGGUUGUCGACCAGUCAGCGGUUGUCAGAGUGAGAGUUGAGAGUAAUAAGAAGAGCUCCCAAGACGAGGGAAUGGUCCCCUUUGUAUUCCUGGGCACAAAGGACAGUGUUACUAAAGCAACCAUUCUACUGGACUACCACCUCAAAAGGUUGAAGAAAGUGGACCAACUUCAGCUAACUAGACCAAAGAGAAGGACAGAUGCAUGGUCGUGUGUGCACUGUCUUUUGAAGACAAGUGCUCAUCCCCGGUGGCUGGCUGUCAUAGGCAAGUUGUCUUCUGGAGCAGUGAGCAGGGCAAAACUUUGGCACUCGUCUUUCAGCUCAGGCACAAACAUGACACCCUCACUCAAUGCGUGUGCAGCCUCACCAGAGAAGAAGUCAGUGGGAGCGGAGAAGAGUCUGCAGAGACUAAGUAGUGCUGGUAUCUACUUCUACAUGGUCAUUGUAUGGGGAAAUAUUGCUCUAUGCCAAUAG